CUUGAGUCUGCUUGAAGCUUUUCUCUCUCUGUAUCUACUAUAUCUCAGUACUUGGGAGUUUCCUUUCUGUUGUUUUCUAUUCAAGGAAACAACAAUCAAUUCUAAUGGUCGGACCAGCGCAGUAUAAUCUUCGAAAUAUGGAAGAGAUCUUUCUAGAAUUCAAAGGCAGGAGAGCCGGUAUCCUUAAAGCCCUAACCACAGAUUUCGAUCAAUUCUACGAGUUGUGCGACCCAGAGAAGGAGAACAUGUGCUUAUAUGGAUAUCCAAAUGAGCAGUGGGAGGCUGCUGUACCUUUUCAGGAAGUGCCUCCAGAGUAUCCUGAGCCUUCUAUUGGCAUAAACUUUUCUAGGGAUGGUAUGCAGAAGAAGCAUUGGUUAGCUCUCGUUGCUGCUCACAGUGAUGCUUGGUUGAUUUCUGUUUCUUUCUAUCUAAGUGCCAGAUAUGCUUUUAAAAAAUCUGACAGGAUGAGACUUUUCAAGAUGAUGAAUGAUCUCCCUACUGUGUUUGAAGUUGUAACUGGUUCUUCUAAGAAGCAGCAACAAACUGAGAAAUCUUUGGUCAAUAACCGAAACAGCAACAAGUCAAGCUCAAAAAUGGGAAUAGUAACUGAGGAUCAUGGACAGAAAUCGGCGUUAGAGUCAAAAGUUGAAGAUGAAGACGAUCUGGAAGUGGAAAUAGAAGAUGAUGAAGAUGAAGAUGAGACAUUGUGUGGAGCAUGUGGGAAGAACUAUUCAUCAGAUGAAUUCUGGAUCUGUUGUGAUAUUUGUGAAACGUGGUUUCAUGGAAAGUGUGUGAAGAUUACGCCAACUAAAGCUGAGCAUAUGAAGCAGUACAAGUGCCCUGCCUGCAGUAACAAGAGACCUCGUCCUUGACAAUAAUUGUCUCAUGGAAGGGAAAGGGUACACGAUGCUCUGCUGCUACACAGCUUAUUCCAUUUGCCGACGUGGCUAAAAUGGCCUCGUCAACUUAUUAGGGCUAGAAAAGAAAGAUGGGAUAGAGAAAGGGGGAUUAUCUGCAACUGCUGCUGCAUAUGCCCCUACAUCUCAUGGAUCAUCUAGGAGUGUAGAAAAGGGAAUUAAUGCUAGGAGCUUCAUUCCUUCCCUUGAAACCGGCUUCUCCAGUGUCUGAGGGUUCGUUUUUUAUUUACCAAAUAAUGUAGCUGGAGUUGGACACUGCCCUGUUAUGCCGGUUAGCUUUGGAAUUGGACAUUCAUUUGCGCACCAACCUGUGGUUUUUAUUCCGCCAGUUGCAGUCACCACUGGGAUAUUAUACAUCCGAGUUUUUUCUGCUAUUGUUGACCAUCUCUUUUAUAGAGAGUUCCAUUAAAAAACAGGAUUACUAAUAUCAACUUAUCUUUUUGCAGUAUGUGCAGCAGAUGGUUGUUGGUUAUACAUUCCAUCUUAUACUCCGGUAUGUAUUUGCAUCUUUGCUUUAUAGUUUCUUUUCCUCUAAUGAUUUACACAUUAGAAAAUUAGACAUUUUGAGUGCUUGUGGGGUUUACUUUGCUAUUUUCAUAUUGAUUGAGCCCUUUAGGUUCAUGUGAAAACUAGUUACAAUGUUUAAGAAAACGACAAUAACAAAUUUAUUGGUAAUCCUUUAUUUUUGUUAAGUAUUCAUCUGGAUGUUGAUUUAGAUGAGAUAAUCAUAUGGAACAUAACAUAGUUUACACACUUACACAGAAAUUCUUAAAUUUGUUGCCUUUUUUUCCGUCCAAACCUAGACCUAGAUUCAACUACAUAAAUUGUUUCCAAAUGAGCCUAAGACUAAGUUCAGUUUCUAAUUUUGAUCCCAUAUGGAUCUGACAAGAACAGUGUUUCCAAAUGAAGUCUUUUUUAGCAUAUUUGGAAGCGGACAUUUCACAAUCUCAUUGGAAAGUGACUCUUUGCCUUUUGGUAUAAGUUUGUUUUCUUCAUUAUGAUUGGAUUCUAGUUUUAUUUUUUACUUGGCUUGGUAUAAAUUUAUGGAUGAUCCAGAUUAUUGUGUAAUUUUUUUGCAUUAUAGGAGUUAAUAGAAGUUACACAGUUCAUUACUUGACCCAAUGUGAACAUAUAUAAUCGGGUUAAAUUUUUUCAGGUAAGAAUUCAAAAUCAAUCCUCUCUAAAGCUAAAAAUCAAAUUUCAUGAAGAUUAAGGGCAUGUUUGAUGUAGACUAUUUGGUUAAAAUGGCUAUAUAUCCUUAGUACUCGAUAUUUUUCAUUGUUGAGUUGAUUGAAUGUUUAAAAUAACCCACAUUUUUUGUUUACAUUUUUUGAGUUGAUUCAUGAGUUAUGUUAUUGAAACAUAGUAUAUAGAGAAUUCCAUCUUGGCACCUUCUAUCUUCUUGCUGCUUUGGUUCAUAUUCAUGUCUAGAUAUGCCUAAAAAAGGCGCCAACACUAGAAAUACUCUUUCGAUUGAGUUGGUGUUAACUAUGCUCGGCGAUGGCUAAAAGUAAAUGUCUCGAUAAAAUAUAUAUUUUUCAUAUAAGCCAGAUUCUAAAGCGCGUAUGAUGCCCCCUCCAAAGGCAUUUUGCCCCCUCACAGCUAACGACAAACUCAUAUCCACCUUUUCCUGUUCAAUUACCAUCUUUGAGAUGGUUUCCGGCCCACGUACCCCAUUUUGAAGUCAGUAGCGGGCUCAUUGGUCCCAUUCUCGAUGUAGGUGGAUCUGAAGGAAGGCAUGAAGAACGUCUACUUACAAGGAUAUCCGAAGUUUCAGAUUUAAAGAUAUCCAUAAAUUAAGUCUUGUUUCAUUUUAGAUGUCUUGUUUUUGUUCUAACUCAAAUUCUGUUAAUCAAGUUGAAGUGAUGUUUUACAUUA